AGCAGCCAAUGGCUCGUCAGAAGUUCACAAGUGCUAUUUAAGACGCAGCCGGUCCAAGGUGGUUCAGAUAUCAGCUCAGUGCGCGCAACAGGACGCGCAGGACCGGGACCUGGAGGAGAAAACGCCGCUGCUGCGCUCCGAGGUCGCUUAGAAAUAACUGUUGAAGACGUUUUUUCUCUGGAAGGAAUAAGCUGUGAGAGACAUGGGAGCGUGGAAAGCUGGGUUAGUGUACUUCGUGGUGUUGAAUGCAGCUGUGCAGUGUGUGACGUCCUUGGAAGAAGAGCUCGCCGAUUCUAUUUUUGGCAACUUUCUCGACCCUCUCAAAGACUUGUUUGACCACAAGGAUGAUGGAAACGCGACCGUUGCUAAAUUCUCCCUCCGCAAACCGUCCCAUCCCGAUGACGACCUCUGCUACAUCACUCCUGGUAAACCCGAGUCACUGGUGGCCUGCACCUUCAACAGCACCUCCAAAACCUUCCUGGUGAUCCACGGAUGGACGCUGAGCGGCAUGUUUGAGAGCUGGGUGCCGAAGCUGGUGUCGGCGCUGUAUGAGAGGGAGCAGACGGCUAACGUCAUCGUGGUGGACUGGCUCAGCUCGGCCCAGAAUCACUACAUCAUCGCGGCUCAGAACACCAAAGCUGUGGGUCAGGAGAUCGCUCACUUCAUCGACUGGAUCGAGGAAACUACCAACAUGCCUCUUGAGAACAUCCACCUGAUUGGCUACAGCCUCGGGGCUCAUGUGGCGGGAUUCGCUGGCAGCCACGCGACCAAUAAAGUUGGAAGAAUCACUGGUCUCGAUCCGGCCGGUCCUGACUUUGAGGGCGAACACGCUCACAGACGUCUCUCCCCGGACGACGCUCACUUCGUGGACGUCCUUCACACCUUCACUCGAGGAUCUCUGGGCCUCAGCAUCGGCAUCCAGCAGCCCGUCGGCCACGUGGACAUUUACCCCAACGGAGGCAGCUUCCAGCCGGGCUGCAACCUCAGGGGGGCUCUGGAGAAGAUCGCCAACUUUGGAAUAUUUGCCAUCACCGAUGCAGUGAAGUGUGAACACGAGCGCUCCAUCCACCUGUUCAUCGACUCCCUGCUGAACGAACGAGAGGCGGCGAAGGCCUACAGAUGCGGCAGCAACGACAUGUUCGACCGCGGCAUGUGCCUGAGCUGCCGCAAGAGUCGCUGCAACAUGGUGGGCUACGACAUCAGCAAGGUCCGCAAGCCGCGCAACGUCCAGAUGUACACCAAGACCCGAGCCUCCAUGCCCUUCAGAGUUUACCACUAUCAGCUGAAGAUCCAUUUCUCCAGUAAAGUGAACAUUUCAGAGAUGGAGCCUUCGCUUACCGUCUCACUGUUCGGAACCAAAGACGAGGCUGAAAACCUGGAGCUUAAGCUAAAGGAGAAGAUUGUGACAAAUAAGACCCAUUCAUUCCUUUUGGUGACGGAAAAAGACAUCGGUGACCUGCUGAUGCUGAAGUUUAAAUGGGAGGCAACAAACGGCUGGUCUGCCUCCAACAUGUUGAAGAUGGUUUCCUCUUGGUGGUCCGGAGACUCGGACGGAACCAAUAUGGAGGUCCACAAAAUCCGCAUCAGAGCAGGCGAAACGCAAAAAAAGAUGGUUUUCUGCGUAAAAGACCCUGAUGCUCAGAACUUAACACAAGAGGUCACAUUCGUUAAAUGUAAGGACGCGUGGAGGACAAACUCAAAACAAAAAAGAAUCUCUCUGGACAGCCACUGACGUUGAAGACUCUGUUGGAGGCCCUUUAGUCCAUUUCAGCACUUAUCAGAUAAUUUAUACACAUUUUAUACUCCUGUAAAUUACUCUAAUAUACAAAACCUUUGCCAACUUGUAUAUAUAUAUAUAUAU